GCUUAGCGGGGUCAGCCAAUCACAAAUGAGAUCAUGCUCCGGCGCACCCAUAGCUUGGCAAAGAGUCUUUGCGUGAUCUUAGUCAACUCCCCAUAGUGGACGACGCGUUCUCCCUCAUCUAAUCAUACAGAUCAUACACAAAUGUGACCGUAUUGAAAUUCUGCUUCUUUUGCGGACUCAGGAUCAACUGAGUAUUUGCGAGCUAGUAUAAGUAGCGCGCCUCCCUCGUCACCGCGUCUCCCUCAUUCUUAUCCUCAUCUUCACUCUAUCCUCUGUCGACGCCAACGCAACCACCGUAUCUUAUACUCUUAUCACAACUCUUCAUCUUUCAUACCUAAUCUCAAAUCUUUCAAUAUGCCUCCCAAAGCCGCUGAGAAGAAGCCCAGCACCGGUGGCAAGGCCCCGGCUGGCGGCAAGGCUCCCGCUGAGAAGAAGGAAGCCGGCAAGAAGACUGCUGCCGCUGCCUCCGGCGACAAGAAGAAGCGUGGAAAGACCAGGAAGGAGACCUACUCCUCUUACAUCUACAAGGUCUUGAAGCAGGUCCACCCUGAUACCGGUAUCUCGACUCGCGCUAUGUCCAUCCUGAACUCUUUCGUCAAUGAUAUCUUUGAGCGUGUCGCGACCGAAGCCUCGAAACUUGCUGCUUACAACAAGAAGUCCACCAUCUCUUCACGGGAGAUCCAGACCUCUGUGAGGCUCAUCCUUCCCGGUGAAUUGGCGAAGCACGCGGUGUCCGAAGGCACCAAGGCUGUCACGAAGUACUCGUCGUCUGCCAAAUAAGCAUUUUCCUUUCUUUGUUUUCUUUCUGCAGGAUUGUUCUUUUGCUACCUCGUCAUCUGUUACGGUUUUGAGGUGGUGGGUUACAGGGUGUUUGCGGGAUUCUAAUGUGUCAUGGGAUGGCUUUAUUUCUUUUUUCCCCUUGGGCCAAAUGUUUAUGGUUGCUUUUUUUUUGUGAC